AUGGUGCUUCCCAAAAAGGUCCUUCCACAAUCUCCUCGCAUAAAGGAGAUGGGCUUUGUGGAAAAGGCUGGGAUAACUCUGGAAGAAUUUCAGGAAACAUUUAUCGCUAGGCUGAAUUAUGAGACUCAAACCCGCGCCUCAAGGACUAUACCCGAUGCAAGGCUGUUCGCGAGAGGCGUCUAUUCCAUAACUUCGGCACAACAUGGCUCCUAUCUGGCCUACUUGCUUAUAGACCCUGAAAUAUUGGUCCUGUUCAGAAGGACUUCGGGCUUCAAGAGCAAGGAAGGUGGCUGGUUCACUCGAAGAAUCCGAAGGUUUCCAGCCCACCAUCUUUCAGUCUUCCUAACAACCCAAGGUAUCCUAGAAGGGUGUAGUUUUGAUAAAUUAUUCGGUAACCACCGCUGGGUAGCGUUACAACCUAAAUUGAUUGACUAUCCUAAUGCCCAAUUCCUCCUCAUCGAGCAGUGUAUCCGACAAGACUUCUCCGCUGUCCCUGGGGGCAGACAUGAAUCUAUGGAUACUCUGGAUAAACAACUUGACGAACUGCGCCAUUGGAGUGAUGAGAUGGAGAAGUCACAAUUAGGAUUUGACUCGAUUUACGGAGAUCUGGGCCUGGAGGUUGAUCACCAUCUCAAGAUCUCUACCGUAAAAAUCAAGGAUGCUGCACAUCGUGGGCUCUUCGACAGUGGAUACGAGCGAGAAUGGUUCUCGACCUUUGAGACAAAGCCCGAGGCGAUGGAAGAACUCGCAGCCUCGGAGGGAACGGGGCUUGCAGUUUAUGCCGUUGCGUGGGAUGGUACGAAGUUCAGGCUUCGCGUGUCGACAUCUCCGAAUGACUUGGAGUUGACGACUGAUAGUAAAGAUGGCCGGGUUGUGAUUCCACUUUAUUACGUGGUACAGACCAAUGUUCCCUAUUGCACCCACGAACGGAAGCCUACUCAUGAUACCCAUAUUGAAGAGGUGUUCAAGUCCUAUAUAGACGCUCGGAAAUUUGCAAGCACUUUGCUACUUUCGGAGAAGGAUAGAAUAAAAGCCUCCAGCUACCAGGAGUACACUGAGGCUGAUAUAAAUGAAAGAGACUGUGAAUUAGGGGAGAAUGUUGUGGUGCACGCGGUAGGUGGCAAUGAGGAGAAUUAUUUCGUUAGUGUUGUCACAGGUCAGGAGCUCGAAAGUGUACGACUUGAAGCAUCGCUCAAAAUCUGA